AUGUCUCCGAAGGACCCGCCCCAAAUAAAGAUCGUUGACGACAAGGAGGCUAUACGUAGCCUUCUCACUGUCAUUGAGAAUCUUCCACUGGCUGGCCAUACGACACCAGAUCUUUUCUUAGAUCUGGAGGGAAAUAACCUCAGCCGCUGGGGUACAUUAUCAAUAAUCACCCUCUUCAUUGUUUCGGAACAUCGAAUAUACUUGAUUGAUGUUCACAUACUAGGAAACGCAGCAUUUGAAUCUCCGGCUGGCACCGAGAUCUCUCUAAAAAGUAUUUUAGAGAACCCGGAGAUCAAGAAAGGAAUUUUCGAUGUUCGAAUGGACUCGGAUGCAUUGUUUAGCCACUUCAAUGUCUCCAUCGACGGUGUAGAGGAUAUCCAGCUGAUGGAGCUUGGAGGAAGAAGGGGAUCGAAGAGAUGUGUUUCGGGACUUGCUAAAUGCAUUGAGAAGGAUAGUCGUAUCAGUCCUGAGAAAAAGGUAAUAUGGAAGCGACAGAAAGAGAGUAUGAAGCCACGCUUUAAUUUUGGAAUUUUCGAUGAUCGUCCCUUAAGCCCCGAGGUCAUAGAAUAUUGUGCGCAAGAUGUUGUUUUUCUUCCUGAUUUGUUCAUUUAUUAUGACUCCCUUCUUAGGGAGCCUUGGCGAACCCGAGUGUUGGAGGCGACGAAAGAGAGAAUUGAAUUCUCGAAAAGCCCUCAUUUCCCUCGGAAGCCGCGUGAUUUUGCGCUGGGUCCAUGGAGAGAUGAUGGCUCUUUAUUGAAGAAAACGGUAAAACGGGACUUGGGUGUGAAUAGCGUGCUUGAAUCUGGGAUGAGCAGACUGAAUAUCGAUGGAAGACGCACUGUGGGUACUAGUAGUUCAAGUUGA